AUGACGACAACAACAACAACAAACGAACCUUCGUCAUUUUCACUGUUCUCUGCUCUCCCCCCGGAGCUACGCGUCCAGGUGUGGGACCACGCACUACCCUAUGUCGGGCCAGCCUUGCACUUCUACAAGAAAGGGUACUGGCGUCUCCAGCACCUCACUGAAGCCGACGUGGACUACGACCCUCAUGACGAAGAUAAUCUGCACAUCUCAUUCCGCCAUGACUUAUUAGACGAUGUCAGGUUUGAAUUACCCUCGACUUUCGUUAACCGUGAGGCCCAUGACGUCACCUUGGCCUGGCUUCGCGACCAUGGUAUCCAGGUUAGGCGCCUCGAGGAUGGAGAAUCCCAGGAUGAAAAAUGUUCUACAUUCGUGCGACUAUUUGACCCAAAGAAUGAUAUUUUGUUUGUUGAGUUCGAUAAAUGGGAAGAUUUUAUUUGCGAACCAGACGACCGUCAUUUUGAGCCGGACAUUCAGGGAAAGAUGGUCAGCUUGUCAUCAGAUCUAACGCAGAUUGCUUUACCUGAGGCGUUGCUGCUGAAGGAAGCCGAUACGUUACCAGAGUUGUUCAGAAGCUAUUUCAAUGUACGCGUGCUGUUUGUGAUUAUCAACGAACAGCCGGAACUCCAGCAUGACGGUGACAGUACCAAGCCGCAGGCGCCGUGGAAGGUAGACAGCGCACAGGGAGGGGCAUUUGCCUGGAACCCUGACCGCGGUGCUUUCGACUUCACUGGCAGCGAUAAAACUCAGUGCAGCCAGAUAGAGUCAGUCAUUCAGCGGUUAGGGAAGGAAAUCCCGCAGAAUCAUAUCCACAGAUUUGAGGUCCGGCCUGUACUGGCUGUGAAAGGAUAA